AUGACGAGAACCUUAAAAGAAGUUAACCGAUAUGCUGGUGUAGUGAAUUUGGAUUUUGGGAGAAAAGAGAAAAGAGCAGUAGAAGACCUUGACCAUGAUUGUGCAGGAAACAAUUUCUGGAGGCAAAAAUGCUGUUAUAUUGAAAUUGAUGUCUUGUUUGAUCGGUUUGUUAUAAAGAAUCUUACUUACAACGCAAAGUUUGAGAGCUUAGAACUCUUCAGCGUCAUCGGCGGUUACUUAGGGAUGUGGUUGGGAGUGUCCCUGCUGAACACCUACGAUAUUCUAGAAUUGGUUCGAAGUUUUAUCACUGAUACCAAGAAGAAACUUCGAACAGAAAAGGUAAAGAAGAAAAACGAUCAUCGAAGCAAUGAUUUUGUGUUGCAUCGAAACAGAUUCAUCGGCGGGAAUGACAUUGAGCGGAUUUCCACUGCAGUUCCCGAGUUAUGGACAUCAUAUAUGUAA